AGAUUCAAACAAGUGGCCGAGGCCUACGAAGUGUUGUCGGACACCAAGAAACGCGACAUCUAUGACCGCUACGGCAAGGUGGGCGUGGAUGGUGGCAGCGGCGCCAGCGGCAGGCCCUUCGAGGACCCCUUUGAGUUCACCUUCACCUUCCGCGACCCGGCUGAUGUCUUCAAGGAGUUCUUUGGUGGCCGGGACCCAUUUUCCUUUGACUUCUUCGGAGACCCGCUUGAGAACAUCUUGGGCGCAGAGGAGCUCCCGAGGAAGCAGAAUCAGAGGGUCUGCACCCUUUUUCUCCACCUUCACUGAAUUUCCAGCCUUUGAGGGUAGUUUUUCUUUGGAUACAGGAUUUACUUCCUUUCGUUCC